GUAGAAUUAUUUGCAGUAACUUGUACUUUAUUUCUUCAUAUCUUGACUUGAUUCCUCUCUUCUUUCUUAUAUCAUCUCGUUGUCUAACACUGUUGUUGUGAUAUAUCAUCCAUUUUGCUUGUGAUACUACACUCCCUUAUCAUCCACCAUACCACAGUCUUUCCUAAGUCGACUAUAGACAAGUACGAUGUCGGCGAGAAUCCCUCUCAUUGCUGCCAAUCGCGUCAGCGAUGCUGCCAAGAAGCAGCUUGACCUUGUCGCCAAGUUCGUCGAGGAAGAAUGUAUCCCUGCCGACCCUGUUGUAGAGGCUCAAGCCGGAGAGGGUGAUGCUCGUUGGGAAGGUCACCCUUCCGUCAUCGAGGAUCUGAAGGCCAAGGCCCGAAAGCUCGGUCUCUGGAACAUGUUCCUUCCCAAGGGCCACUACAAGGAGUCUCCUGGCUGGACCAACCUCGAGUAUGGACUCAUGGCUGAGUGGCUCGGUCGCUCACACGUUGCUUCCGAGGCAUGCAACUGCUCAGCUCCUGACACAGGCAACAUGGAAGUGUUGGCCAAGUAUGGUAACGACGCUCAAAAGGAGCAGUGGUUGAGGCCUCUGAUGGAUGGCAAGAUCCGUUCUGCUUUCCUCAUGACAGAGCCUCAAAUUGCUUCGUCUGACGCUACAAACAUUGAGUUGGAUAUCCGUCGCGAGGGUAACGAGUACGUUCUCAAUGGCCAGAAGUGGUGGUCCAGCGGUGCUGGUGACCCACGAUGCAAGAUUUACAUCGUUAUGGGUAAGACAGAUGCCAACAACAAGGACCCUUAUCGUCAACAGUCGGUCGUUCUGGUACCCGCCGGGACACCUGGUAUUACCAUCGACCGCAUGCUUAAGGUCUACGGAUUCGACGAUGCUCCUCACGGCCAUGGACACAUCACCUUCAAGAACGUCAGAGUUCCUGUCUCUAACCUUGUCCUCGGCGAGGGACGAGGAUUUGAGAUUAUUCAGGGUCGCCUUGGACCUGGCCGUAUUCACCAUGCUAUGCGCAGCAUUGGAGCUGCUGAGCGUGCUCUUGACUGGAUGCUCCUCCGUGUCAACGAUGAGUCUAAGAAGCCAUUUGGCAAACUUCUCCGCGAACACGGCGUCAUCCUCGAAUGGAUUGCCAAGUCCCGUAUUGAAAUCGACGCCGCACGCCUGAUCGUUCUCAAUGCCGCCAUCAAGAUGGACGACCUAGGUCCCAAGAAGGCCCUCAAGGAGAUCGCAGAAGCCAAGGUCCUCAUUCCCCAAACCGCUCUCAAUGUCAUCGACCGUGCGGUUCAGGCCUACGGAGGCGCUGGUGUCUCCCAGGAUACACCCUUGGCAUACAUGUGGGCAGGUAUCCGAACGCUGCGCCUUGCCGACGGACCUGAUGAGGUGCAUCUGCAGCAGCUGGGACGCAAUGAGAACAAGCGCAGUGCUGAGGCGACAGCGACAAUUAAGAGACAGAGGGCUAAGACUGAGGAGUUGUUGAAGCAAUACGGUGUUGAGAGGUCCCAGCCUGGUGCUAGAAUAAAGCACAAUGCUAAGUUGUAGGUUUUGGUUGUCACAGCGAAGAGUGGCGUGGUAGCAUGUUGGUUGUUUGUUUGAUACUGGCCAAAGAGCGGCCGCAUAACUAGUUGAAUAUCCGAAUUAUUAUAUUAUUAAACAUGCUAGAUAUCUUACACGCCAUU